GGUCACUGUAACGUCAGUCUGCUCAGGCGCCCGGUGCACGCAGCUUCAGCAGAGGUGUCUUGUCUUCUCCUUGAAAUCCUUUAAUCAUGGCACUGGCUGGGGUUAGAGUUAUUGAGCUGGCAGGCCUGGCACCCGCACCCUUCUGCGGCAUGAUCCUGGCAGACUUUGGUGCCAAGGUGAUCCGUGUGGACCGGACCAAAGUUCCUACGUCUUUGGACACACAAGCGCGGGGGAAACGAUCUGUGGCCAUCAACUUGAAGACCACGGAGGGUAUAGCUUUGCUCAGGAAGCUCUGCAUAAAGUCUGAUGUGGUCCUGGAGCCGUAUCGCAAAGGUGUUAUGGAGAAACUUGACCUUGGUCCACAUGAGCUAUUAAAGGAAAAUCCUCGGCUGAUCUACGCUCGCUUGACUGGAUAUGGUCAGAGUGGAUCUUAUGCCACCGUAGCUGGGCAUGACAUCAACUACACUGCCAUGUCAGGCCUUUUAUCCCGGCUGGGUCGCAGCGGCGAGAAGCCUUACGCUCCACUGAAUCUGUUAGCAGACUUUGGAGGCGGUGGUCUUACGUGCGCUCUGGGGAUUGUCCUGGCGCUGCUGGAGAGGACAAAGUCAGGGAAAGGACAGAUCAUUGAUGCUAGCAUGGUGGAAGGAGCAGCAUAUAUGGGUUCGUUUUUAUGGAAAUCUCGUAGUAUUGGUUUGUGGAACCGGUCUAGAGGAGAAAAUAUGUUGGACAGUGGAGCUCCCUUCUACGAUACCUACCAGACUUCGGAUGGACAGUUCAUGGCUGUUGGUGCCAUUGAACCUCAGUUCUACAAACAGCUGCUUAAAGGCUUAGAGUUGGAUGCUGGAGAGUUGCCUUCUCAGAUGAGCUUUGAUGAUUGGCCAGAGCUCAGACGAAUCUUCACAGAGCGUUUUGCCUCAAAGAGCCAGGCGGAGUGGUCAGAGAUUUUUGAUGGGACUGAUGCUUGUGUUACACCUGUGUUGUCUUUUGACCAGGUGAGCUCACACCCACAUAACCGGGAAAGAGGCUCUUUCAUGAAGGACUCCAGUGGGGAAGAAAGCCCCCGACCAGCCCCGGUUCUGUCUCGCACUCCUGCUGAGCCUUGCCUCACCUCCGACCCCGUUACUGGAGAACACACGGCUGAGGUCCUACAGGAGUACGGCUUCACAUCCCCACAGAUAAACCAGAUGCUGUCAGCAGGAGUCAUAGAGUGCAAUGCUGUGAAGGCAAAGCUGUAAACAAACAAUCAAAACAGUCAAGUUAUAAAUGUUUGAAAAUCACACAGUGGCACCACCUUUUAAGAUUUGAAGGAAUCAGUAAUUAAACAUGUGAUUGACAUACUGGAAAUAAACAACUGGUUUGGAUAAAGCAAAGCUACAUGCAGAGCACAUUUGAGUGACUAACAGUAAGAUUAUGUCUAACAUAACUGCGAACAAAUCAAAAGAGAAACUAAGAAAGUUAUUUUCUUUUCAUAAGCUAGGAUUUCACAGGAGGCUGCUGUGUGCAAAGUAAACAAAGAUUUUUACUAAUUCACUUCUGCCUAUGUGUUUUGAUUGGACAAGACGCCCUCAGAAUAUGUGAGUGAAUUUUUUUUUUUGCAAAGCACACCUACUCUAUUAAUCAUAAACUACUGAUAUCUGCUAAAUUAUCCAGCUCAGGGUGAGCAAUGGUCAUACAUAGCAAAAGAGGAUUGGAUAUCUCCUGAAAGCUCAGCAGUACCAAUAACUUUAAAUUAAUCAGACUUUGUUGUUGUUUUGCUCUCCCACAACAGCUUUUGAUUUGUGUGCACUAAUUCUGACACACAGAUUGUUUAGAAAAAAUGGUUGUAGCCAGACAUGAUGUCACCCACUAAAAUCAUCUUUUCAAGACGUUGGCUUGGGGUUUCAAAGCUCACCCUGCGUUUUUUUAUUCUAAAGAAGGCCAUAAUUUACACGAUGAAUGUCAAGCUGUAUUAAAUGAGAUCAGAAACCAGUGUUCGUGAUUCAUCGGUAAACUGUUUACUGAAGUUUUCAAUUAGCAUUAGGCUUGUUUAUAUCCAGAGGAGCUGCCCCCUGCUGGCUAAUUGAAAGAAUGAAGUUCUGAGGGACUUAACUUUUCAAAACCACAUGGAGACCUGUGUCUAACAUUCAGUAGAUCCGACUUUCGUGUUGCACUAACUGCACAUUUCAGAGACAGGAAGCGUUACGCCUACAAAGUGAAAGUAAAACUACUGCAUUGAUUAUGUUGACAGGAGGCAACUUGGUCCUUUUUCGUGUAAGUGAAGUUUAAGUCACUUACCAAUAUCUCUCUUGCAAGCUACUAAUGCAACUCUGCAAGCUCAAGUUAGGAGGCUCUGAAGAUGAUUCAGAUUGACUAAAUAAAUUACUCAGUAGCUCAUUGGGUAUACAUGUUCAGCUGCUUGUUAAUCCUAAUCCAAUUAGCCAGUCACCUGCUGAAGUUCAAACUGAGCAUCAGAAUGGAGAUGGAAGCUGAUUUAAGUGAUUUUAAACAGGGCACAGAUGUUGAUAUUUCAGAAACGGCUGACCCGGCAGGCUGGCUGCCUGCUCAGCCCUCUCUAAAGUUCAAAGGUAAUGGUCCUAAAAAGAGAAAAUAUCCCCUGAAUGGCAGUUAUUUGGGUGAAAAUGUUUGGUUGAUGCCAGAGCCCCGAUUAGAAUAACCAUUCAUUGCAGUCAGUGUAUGCUGAAGAGCAUUUGUGAAUUCACAACACCUCAGAUCUUGAAACUGAUGGGCUACAGCAGCAGAAGACCACACCGGGUGCUGUUCCUGUUAGAUAAGAACAGGAAAAAGGCUACAAUUUGACAGUGAAAGAAUGAUAACGCAUUGCAUGCUCCAAUGAGUCUCGAAUUGCAGGAAAUGGUCAGAAAUUGAUGUAAAAAACAAUUCUGCUUUGUAUCAAUGGUUCAUCGUUGUGGCGGUGUAAUGGUGUGGGGAAUAUUUUCUUGACACACUGGACCCUUGAAGCAACUGAGCAUCAUUUAAAUACCAAUGUGUCCAUGCCAGCUGGCCCAACCCCCUCUGUGACCCUGUGUUGGAUAAGAGUUACAUAGAUACAUGCAUGCAUGUAUGUCAGAGGGCCCGGUGGCGCCAGUGUCCAGCAGCC